AUAUGUUUCUUUUUUUUUUUUUUGCCGAGUCGUAAAACACGAAAUAAUAGUGAAUCGUGUUUUAUUCAACAAGAUUUUAAUGUUUAAGAUGAGAUCAAUAAAUGCCACGUAAAACAUCUUUGCAUUGGUUAUAGUUCGUCGUUGCGUUAGCGCCCGAGAGACGCAACGCUUUAUUCUUUCUCUGUUGUAUUUUACAUUUAGCAUUUAAAAAAUCGGAUCCAAUUCGUUCGUUAACCUUCAACAAUCUGUUGCGUCGUCAUUGUUGUUCGUUAUGUCCGGAAAUCACAAAGCAGGAAUUAAAUAUCCUUCUGAAUAUGUGAAGCUCAAUAUCGGCGGUUCUUUGCACUAUACCACUUUAGGGACACUCCAAAAACAUGACACUAUGUUACGUGCUAUGUUUAGUGGCCGCAUGGAAAUUCUUAGAGAUCCCGAAGGGUGGAUAUUGAUAGACAGGUGUGGAAAGCAUUUCGGAACAAUCUUAAAUUUCUUAAGGGACGGUUCAGUUCCGUUACCAGAAAGCACCAGAGAAAUGGCAGAAUUACUUGCGGAAGCAAAAUAUUAUUGCAUUACUGAAUUAGCUCAAUCCUGUGAACAAGCUCUUCUUCGAAAGGAGAGGGAAGCAGAACCAAUUUGUAGAAUUCCACUUAUCACUUCUCCGAAAGAAGAACAAUUACUAAUUAACAGUACUACUAAACCAGUAGUAAAGUUGCUUGUUAAUAGGCAUAAUAACAAAUAUUCAUAUACAAGUACAUCAGAUGACAAUCUCUUAAAAAACAUAGAAUUAUUCGACAAAAUGUCCCUUAGAUUCGGUCGUAGAGUAUUAUUUAUUAAAGAUGUGAUUGGCUCCAGUGAAAUUUGCUGUUGGACAUUUUAUGGUCAUGGUCGUAAAGUUGCAGAAGUUUGUUGCCACUCUAUCGUUUAUGCAACUGACAAGAAACACACGAAGGUUGAGUUUCCAGAGGCUAGAAUUUAUGAAGAAACAUUAAAUAUUUUGUUAUAUGAACAUCGAAAUGGUCCUGAUCAAGAAUUAAUGCAAGCAACGUCAUCGCGUGGUGCAGUCAGUGGUGCACCACCUUGUACAUCAGAUGAAGAAGAGGGUGAGCGUUCAGGCUUGGCUCGCCUUCGCUCCAACAAACAAAACACCAACUGACCCAACCUUACCCCUUUUACCCCUCCCAAUCCAGCGACUCUCAGCGUCGUUCGAGUCCUCGCUCUUAAAACGCGAGCCAAUACGAAGUAAGACGUGUGAAAAGGAAGACAUAAACAAAAUUUUAUAUAUACAUGCAUAUAUAUAUAUAUAU